AUGAUUAUCAAGACAAUCCUUCUGCUCCCUUCUCUGGUGGCAGCAUUCUGCCAUUAUGGCACCUCUCUUCAUCUGGAGUCCCAGCUUCGCCGUAGGGACACAAAGAGUCCUGAAUAUAGUUACCAAGGAAUUACCGGGCCUCUAGCUUGGCAUACUUUAGACCCAAAGAACGCAUUAUGCGCCACCGGAAGUAAUCAGUCGCCCAUCAAUAUCAUACCCGGACAGCAGCGCACCGUAAGCGGCGCUUCUUUCAGAUUUAAACCCGAACCGUAUCCCCGUGGUGCCAAGUUUGAGAAUCUCGGACAUACUGUGCAGCUCCCCAUCAAUGGCUCUAUGAUUGUUGACGGCAGAGAAUAUGAACUUGUGCAGUUCCACUUUCAUACGCCAAGCGAACACCAGCUUUCUGGGGAGUAUUAUGUAGCCGAGAUUCUUGCGAUUUCUGUUCUUGGCUUCUGGGUCGAUAUUGGCGAUGCUUCAGACUGCAUUUCAGACGUCAUAUCAUCUGUGCUCAGCAAUGUUGAUAAGAUUAGUCGCGCUGGAGACAGCACUCUCACAGAGGCCCUUGACUUUACAAGGCUCCAGGCGCAUUUAUCUCGUUCCAGCGUCUAUCAGUAUAAUGGGUCUCUAACAAUACCUCCCUGCAGCGAGAAUGUUAUCUUCAACGUCGUUGACAAGCCGCUGUUUAUCGAUGUGAAGACGUUCCGGAGGUUGAAGAAGGUUUUGAAGUUCAACUCUCGCUACAUUCAGAAUUCUCCUGGUGCGGUCAAUCUGUUGAUGAACGCGGCAAACACACUGUAG